ACACACACACACAAACCCGAUAUAGUGACUUAAAGCUUCUCCCCUCAGUCAUCCUCUUCCUCUGUUUCUUCAUCUUGUCUGUCUGUGUAACCCUUGAGCCUGUAUUGUCUCCAUCUGCCUCUGCAGUAUAAAUUCACCAGCAGUGUGCUCGGCCUCACUGCCUGCUCACACACCUGUAGCUACACAUCUGAGAGUGUGAUUUUGUUUGGGUUUUAUUCAUAUUUAGAAGAGAUCAUAACCAUUUUGGACAUCCUGACAGACUUGGGCCAAUCCCAUCGUUUUAUAUCAGUGAUAGGGCUUUUGCAGUCGAUUGUGUUACAUUGGGUGAAGAUACUGCGAGUUCCUUGCAGAGAGGCGUAUACAUUUGGCAAGAUUACAAAGCGUGAACGCUUCUAAGGCCAUAGACCUUGGAAGCACGUUGAAGAGAAAACAUGAGUUCACCAGUGUCACUGAAGGCACAGCAAAAGCAGCGUGCGCAUCGAAAGUCAUCCAAGCCGUUGAUGGAGCGCCGCCGUCGCGCGCGCAUCAAUGCGUGUCUUGCACAAUUGCACGUUUUGCUUGCGCGGGCCCGUAUCACACAGACUUGUCGACGUUCAAGGUUGGAAAAAGCAGAUAUUCUCGAAAUGACUGUUCGUCACCUUAAGUCCAUUACCUCUCAAAAUACAGAUGCGACACUAUGGAGCCGAUUCUACUCUGGUUACACCGAUUGCACACGAGAGGUCUCGCGUUUCCUGAGUAUUUCCGGCGCACAUCAAUGGAGAUCUGCAUUUCUCCAACCUGGGUAGCAAAGGGACCUCUCUGUUCCGCGUUGAACCCCGCGUGUUCCCAGGGUUUGCUGCCACGAGUGCGUUCCGAAGACAGUACAACAGCAAAAGCAAUUUCACGAGCGGUGCCUUCAGUGAUGAAAACAGAACAUAAACCUGAACUAGGUGGCAUUAAUGUAUGGAGACCGUGGUGACGGAAUCCAAAUGUGGACUGGUUUGACUGGAGGGUAAUAAUUCAUAUGCAUCAGUGUACGUUAAUGUUCUAAUUAUAUAUUCAUCAAAUAUGUGAUGGAUUUGAUAACUAAAUAUGUGAUGGAUUUGAGUUUGCAAGUAAUUUUGCCUUAAACAAUUUGUGUAA